AUGACUGAGUUAGCGGCAGCGCAAACAGCCAUAGCUGGAGCCGAUUUUGCAAUUAAACAAGGCACAGGCAUAAUCAACUCUCUGAAGAGGAAAUAUGGUUACGUGAAAGAUAUGACACAGAAUUAUAAGAAACUUUUGGAGGAAUAUCGAAAACUUUGCCUUCGAGAGGAAGAUAUAGAUAUCAAACUGAAGAGAUAUGAAAUGGAAGUAGACGAGACAGAGGAAAGCAAAGACUGGCGGGGAAAAGUGAAACGGAUGAUAGUUGAAGUCGAAGAAUUAAAGACUGAGUAUGUAAGGCACUCCAGAUCUAGAUGGUUUCUUUAUCUCAUGAAACUUGGCAGACGAAUUGUGAAAAAGACAGUGGAUGUAGUUUCUCUGACGAACGAGAGGGUACCUAAUAUAAUGGUUAGGAAGGCGCCAGCUCCACAUACAAGCAUUCCUACCAACGAAAAUAUUGAAUUCCCAUCAGUUGAAGAAAAUGUAAACAAGCUACUAGAGUAUCUGAGAAAAGAAGAUAUCAAAACAAUUGGCGUACGGGGACCAAUAGGAGUUGGGAAAAGUACGAUAAUGAAUUAUCUGCAGCAAAAAAUUCAGGUACUUGAAGACUUUGACACUGUGAUUUUGAUAAAGGUAGGUAGCGAAGGUGCUGAGAGCUACAUACAACAAGAGCUUCAGAAGCAGCUGAAUAUUCCGGAAGAACGCAGCGAUGAACAAAAGAAAAAAAUGAUUCAUGAUAACCUGAAGAACAAGAAGUAUUUAUUGUUGCUUGACGACGUUUUUUCAAAUAUUGAUUUGAAAAAAGUAGGCAUUAAUUAUGAACAUCAAGGAAAGGUGGUCAUUGCAUCAAGGUAUAAAGAAGUUUGUUGGAAGCUGAAUGAAGGGAUAGAAGUGAAGAGAUUGUCGGACACGGAUGCCGAAGACAUGUUUUGGGAUAAAGUGGGCAAGGAUUUGAAGAAAAAUCGACACAUCAAGACACAUGCAGAAUUGAUUAUUAAGUUCUGCAGUGGCAUGCCAUACCUGAUAAAUUUGAUAGGAAAUUACUUACGUGAAAUGACUCGUGCAGAAAAUGUAUACCGUGAAUCAAUAUGGCGAAGCACAUGGGAUUUAUUAACAUCACCAAGGGGGGAACCGAAGGGAGAUUUGGAAACAGUUUACAAGUACCUUAAACUUGAAACUGACAGGCUGAAAGGAAAUGACAAGUCUUGCUUUCUAUAUUUGGCAAGUUUUCCCUCUAGCCAUGAACUUCUUCAUGAUUAUAUAAUUGAAUGUUGGAGAGCGCAACAAUUCUUAAAGAAUUUCCCAAAGCUUGGGAUGGCACGUGACCAUGGGUGUAAUCUAUUGCUGCAUUUUAUCAACCAUUUUCUUUUGGAAAAGGAGACGGAGGCACAAUAUAAGAUGUUCGAGUUUUAUCGACGACUUGCGCCCAGUAUUGCCAGAGACGACAACAAUUGUGUUCACGAAUCAAGGAUCUUAGUGACUGAGUUGGGUGUUGAUGUGAAUCCAACUGAUGGAAGAUGGAAUCAAAUUGUAGACAGUGUUGUUGCGGAAGUUGCUGCUCUUACAGAAUUGACCACUCUCUGUUUCUACUUUCCUACAGUGAAUAGCUUCGAGACAUAUAUUCAUACAAGUAUGUCGUGGAAUUUGAACAAUGAGUGGAGACCUGAAAGACUCAGAUCAUUCAAAAUCAUUGUUGGUCAGCAGCAAGAAAAUUGUCUUACUGAAUUUGAUGCCUUUAGAUGGUCAGCUGAAAAGCGUUUGAGAUUCUCAGCAGGUGAAACCUUUCCUGAUGCAAUUUUAAAGAUAUUGAAGGAAGCAUCGUCCUUUGAGCUAAUUGCUCAUACAGCUGAAAACUUAUCAGUGUUUAGUGCUGAAAAUCUAGAAGGGCUUGAAGUUUGUGCAAUUAAAGAUUGUCCUGAAAUGACAAGCAUUAUUGAUGGUAAUGGCGCCGCGUUUCAACUCCUGAAGAAGUUGCACAUAGAUGGUCUUCUAAAAUUGGAGCACAUUUGGAAAAAUUCAGUAAUACCAGAGCUUAGUCUUAUCCAGCUCACAAAUUUAAAGGUAAAAGGAUGCCACAGUCUAAGAGUUUUGUUCUCAGAGAAUAUGGUUUUGCGACUUAACCAGUUACAGCAGAUUCAAGUUGAGGACUGCCGAGUCAUUGAAGAAAUUACCAAGGAUGGAAGUAUAGUUGAUUCUGGGGCCUUUCCUAACUUGAAGGAGUUGGAACUCAUUAAUCUUCCCUUAUUGUCUAACAUAUGCAAUAAUGCAGACUUGACCUGGAAUUCUUUGCAACUGUUGAAGAUAGAUGCAUGUGUGGAGCUAACAAAUUUCCCAUUUACUUUCAAAGGGGCAGAGAAAUUGAAAUCGAUUUAUUGCACUGAAAAUCCGUGA